AUGACCGCGGCGGGAGUGGCGGUGGUGGCCCGCGGGGCCGGGGCGAGGGCGGCGGCUUUGGCCCUGCGGGGCGGCUGCAGGACCGCGGCACCCGGGCGGCCGUGCACGGGCCCAGCUCGGCCCUUGUGCACUGCACCCGGGACCGCCCCGGACAUGAAGCGCUACCUGUGGGAGCGCUACCGGGAGGCGAAGAGAAGCACGGAAGAAUUGGUACCUUCAAUUAUGAGCAACUUGUUGAAUCCAGAUGCCAUUUUCUCAAACAAUGAAAUGAGCCUGUCAGACAUUGAAAUCUACGGCUUUGAUUACGAUUACACCUUGGUGUUUUAUUCAAAGCACCUCCACACGCUGAUAUUUAAUGCUGCUCGGGACCUUCUCAUCAAUGAACACCGGUAUCCUGUGGAAAUCAGGAAGUAUGAGUAUGACCCCAGUUUUGCAAUUCGUGGACUUCAUUAUGAUGUACAACGGGCAGUAUUGAUGAAGAUUGAUGCUUUUCAUUACAUCCAGCUGGGAACUGUCUACAGAGGCCUCAGUGUUGUCCCUGAUGAAGAAGUCAUCGACAUGUACGAGGGGUCCCACGUGCCCUUGGAACAGAUGAGCGAUUUUUACGGAAAGAGUUCUCACGGAAACACCAUGAAGCAGUUCAUGGACAUCUUCUCCCUGCCCGAGAUGACCCUCCUGUCCUGCGUGAACGAAUACUUCCUGAAGAACAACAUCGACUAUGAGCCCGUUCACCUGUACAAAGAUGUCAAGGAUUCAAUUCGAGACGUCCACAUCAAAGGAAUUAUGUACAGAGCAAUCGAAGCAGACAUUGAAAAGUACAUCUGCUACGCUGAGCAGACCCGUGCAGUGUUGGCCAAACUGGCUGAUCAUGGCAAGAAGAUGUUUCUCAUCACCAACAGCCCCAGUAGCUUCGUGGACAAAGGGAUGAGUUAUAUUGUUGGGAGAGACUGGAGGGACCUGUUUGAUGUGGUCAUCGUUCAGGCCGAGAAGCCAAACUUCUUUAAUGACAAACGGAGACCUUUCCGAAAGAUGAAUGAAAAAGGUGUCUUACUCUGGGAUAAGAUCCACAAGUUGCAGAAAGGCCAGAUUUACAAGCAGAUUCUGUUGAGACUAAUGUUGACUUUCUGUGAUCUUUGCAAUCAGGAUUUGACCCUAAAGCAUGGCUGGAGGACUGGUGCGAUUAUCCCGGAGUUGAGAUCCGAGCUCAAAAUCAUGAACACGGAGCAGUACAUUCAAACCAUGACCUGGCUGCAGACCUUGACCGGGUUACUGGAGCAGAUGCAGGUUCACAGGGAUGCUGACUCACAGCUGGUUUUGCAGGAGUGGAAAAAGGAGAGAAAGGAGAUGAGAGAAAUGACCAAAAGUUUCUUCAACGCCCAGUUUGGAAGCUUGUUCCGCACAGACCAGAACCCGACCUACUUCCUGAGGCGCCUGUCGCGCUUCGCCGACAUCUACAUGGCGUCUCUGAGCUGCCUCUUGAACUACGACGUCAACCACACUUUCUACCCCCGGAGGACUCCCCUGCAGCACGAGCUGCCUGCGUGGUCUGACAUCCCCUCCAUCUUUGGAGCCCCCCGCCUGCAGGAGGCCCAGGCCAAGUAGCUGAGGGACCCCUCCAAGGGAAAAAGCCAGAAACAGCGACCCCCCAGAUUGGGUGGGCAUGACGGCCUUGACUUUGUGUGGGUCUGAGUGUCGCUUUCAGAAAAGAUCCCUUAGGGAGAGUACUGCUCCCCAGGAUGCUAAGACAGGAGCUGGCAGCCCGCCCGUCCACGCCCUCUACGCAGGGCUGCGGGGCAAGCUUCCUACUGAAACUCUGAUUCCGCCUGUCUGUCUACCAGCGUCCUGGAACUGACGCCAGUUUUUCUGGGAUAGGAGAGAACACUCACGCCAUCUCUGUGUUCCAGCGGGUCACGUUUUGAAACGAUUCUUGACUCCUCCGUGGAACAUUUCCUGAGUGUACACGGGCAGUGCAGUGGGACCUGCACAGUGAGAUGCACAGAGAAACUGCUCGCAGAAAGCUGGUGAUGUAGUGAGUGCCACGUGGCAAAACGCCGCCCUGAGUGGCAGAGAUGGUCCCCGAAUGGCAGCUGGUGCCCAAAGCAUUAGGUACUGAGGCUCUGGCUCCUUCCGGGGAGGCUGAGCUGUCUUUGGUGCAUCGAGGACCACUCAGCCUCCCUGAAAGACUUACGUGAGAGAGAAUAAGAGAAAUUGCACCCCCUCGGCCUUUUCAUCUUCAGUGCGUGCUUCCUGCGUCCUGCCUGCGCUGGGGAAGGACACAAGGUGCGAAUAGUGAUGGGGCGGGUUCAUGCUUUUCCCCAGGGAAGGAGGGCAAGGAGAUGUAAGCAAGCUCUGGUUAAAAUCGCUUUCCUCUAGUUGAACAGUCUUCGGUAGGAUAAGGCUGCAAGAAACCAGUGGGUUCGAAGAAGCGGAGCAUCUGCGGUGGGUCUCCAAGGAGCAUGUUAAACCCAGAAACGCCACCGGAGUGUUGGUUUAAUGUGCUCAUUGGAGGAAAGAAAAUCAAACAGGAAAAAGUGUCCUUGUGAUGAAAUGCCCACCAUGCCACCCACUGGGUUGAGUUGGAAUCUUGUUAAAACAUGAGCAUUACCGGAACCGGUCCUUGUCUGGAGAGAUGCAAACAAGGCGCCUGCUUCUCUCUGAUGAAGUCUCAACUGCGGUGAUCAUUUCUGGGUAUGGGAAGAGGGAGGGGGCCUUUGCAGCUUAGUCGUAGCUCCAACUCUCUGCUCCCUCUGGAUUUCUUUCCUGCCAUGCUUUUGUGGCUAUUUGGGGGCUUGGGUGGUUUUCUUUAGGUGUCUAAGGUGGGAGAGGAUGAAGGACAUUGAAGCAAGCUAAGAAAGAGUUAGAAAUAACCUAGCUAACUGAGCUUUUCUCAUUUCUUUCUAAGGGCAGGGCAAGUGGCAUAUAU